UGUAUCGUUGUGGAGGUGUGUUAUUCUUGAUGUAUGUCGUUAUUGAGGUGUUUUUUUAAUGAGGUGUGUUGCUGUUGAGGUGCAUUUUCAUUCAAAUACGUCUUCGUCAGGUGUAUUGUCGUGGAGGCAUGUCUUCGUUCUCGUCGUGGUUGUCGUUGUUUUAUUCAUCCCCAUCACCUCCGCCCCUCAGGCUCAUCACCCUACUUCCCAUCACACCUCCUAAGCAUAGCGGCCAUUUUCUUCAUAGAAGGGUGCUAUGAAGGCAAGAAACUCUUCUUCG